AUGCCUCCAAAGCGCAAGAGAGCUGAACCGACCGUCGCCUCGACAUCUACACGCUCGACACGAAGUAGCACUCGGAAAGCGGGUACCACUAGCGCCACCCAGAUCUCCAAUGCAGCCGAGGCAAAUUCGCAAGAUCUAGACCCAGAGCCUCCGGUGAAGAAACCUCGAGCCAAGGCCGCAACAUCUAAGGCCGCAACAACCAAGACGAAAGCAGCUCCAAAAGUCAAGGGGAAGACCGCAGAGGCAAACGUAAGUGAAGACCUGCCAUCCGUAAAUGGCACGGCGACGCCUAAGUCGACUUUGUCUGGUUCCAUUGCAGCAAACGAGUACAGUCCAGCCCUAGCGCUUGCAACCUUCGGAAAGUACGCGGAUGAAGACAGUCCCGAAGUUAUCGGACCAGAGGGCUUUUCGCGCCUAUGUGAAGACGCCGACGCAUCCUUGGAGGGGCCUCUGCCAUUGAUCAUUGCAUGGCUCAUGGAUGCGGGAGAAAUGGCAAAGAUAACAAAGGAGGAGUGGACGAAGGGCACCUCGAAGCUACAAAUUGCUUCAAUAUCCCAACUUGCUGUCGCGGCUUCGGACCUUGACAAGCUCUUGAUACAAAAUCUACCUCCAUUGAAGAAAUCAGCCACUGCUAGCCCUUCUAAAAGGAACCUCACAGAUGAACCUUAUGACCGGACUGCAUACUGGAAUCAUGCCGCAGACUCUAAGGCUGCUUUCAAGAGUCUCUAUUCCUACUGCUUCACACUUGCCAAAUCUAGUCCGGCAAGUCGUAGCAUCGAAAAGGAUACUGCGACUGCAUUUUGGACGGUUCUCCUAGCACCUCAAUAUCCUAUAGUGACUGACAUUGUCGAAUUUGUUAACGAGAAACCAAAUUAUAAGGGCAUAAACAAGGAUGUCUGGAGCAUGAUCCUUGACUUCUGCCAUACCGUCAAACCGGACCUCUCUGGGUACGAAGCCGAUGGGGCAUGGCCGUCAAUGCUCGACGAAUUCGUCCAAUGGAAGAAGGAGAAAUCGGCGUAA